GCGCAGAUGCGGAUGUAAGGCGGCAGCGCGUGAGGUCGUAUUCCGUCGGUUGUGUUGACCCGGUGAUGAUAAUCUGAUAAAAGUGUUUUUUUAAGGGAUAAAUUCGUGAUUUUCGCUGUUAUAUUCUCUAAUAACAUCACAGACUAUUGACGGAGACGGUUUAAUCUACGUUCUGGGAGCGGAAACCAGCGGAGCGGCGCGGGGAGGUAACGUGAGCGAGCUCGUGUAGCCGCCGCCAUUGUUUAUGGAGGGGGGGGACGGAUUAAAAGAAAAUUUAAAAAAAUUAACAAAAAAACAACAAAAACUUUAAAAAACAGAGACUCAGACCGACCAUCAAAGGUUAAAUUUAAUCAGUGUUCGUUUUUAAAAAGAUUUAAUAUUAAAGAGUGAUUUAUUAUCGGUGUUUUCACGUCAGUAACGGAGCUGAAUUUUCAUUUUCACUGAUUGAAUUUGACCGAAAAUGACUGAAAAACCUCAAAUUUAUGAUAAUUUCACAUAUAAGGGUCAUAAAUCUGUUUUACAUUAAUGUUAAAGGAGGAGAGGGUCCAGAAUAUUCGGAGAUUUUUGGCGCUAAAAUAAAGUCGUUUCAGUUUAAUUAUUAAAAACUAAUUUUGUUUAAACAAUUAGAUAAAAUAAAACCUCCGUAAAUUAGCACUGCUUAUACAACAGCAAGGACUAAUUAUGACCAAUUAUAUUUCACCAUUUAGAAUGUUGAACAGUUUUUACCACAGACUGUUUAGACUGUUAUAAUAUUCUUUAUAAUAAAUGUAGGUCUGGGACAUCUGGAAUUAAAAAUCAUGAGAAAAGAUUAAAUCGAUAUCAGUUUGAAGAUGCAGUUUGAAUCGAUUAAACAGAAACAAAGAAAACAUCUUUAAAAGGUGAAACUACCUUUAAAUGGACUGGACCGGGACUUUAAACACCUGUGUGUGUGUGUGUGUGUGUGUGUGUGUGUGUGUGUGUGUGUGUGUGUGUGUGUGUGUGUCGUAUUUCUCCAACAGGUAAAGAAAGAUGUCCUCCUCCUACUAUUCAUCAUCCCGCAGUUCAUCCCGGGCCACUGACUGUAAGGUCUAUGUGGGCGACCUGGGAAACGGAGCCGCCAAAGGAGAGCUGGAGCGAGCGUUCAGUUAUUACGGCCCUCUCAGGAGCGUCUGGGUGGCGAGGAACCCACCUGGUUUUGCUUUUGUGGAGUUUGAGGAUCCUAGAGAUGCCGAGGAUGCUGUGAAGGGAAUGGACGGAAAGUAAGUAUUAAUACACCCUCAGAAGGUUUUUAGACUUUUUAUUAUUUGGACAUUCUGUGAAAGUGUCAUUUAGAGGACGCAAAUCUUCAGUGAAGCUGAUCAGCGACUGUGCCGUAAAAUCCACAGGUGCUGAGCCUGUUAGGUGACAGAAUAGAAAUAUACAGAGAGCCGGGUCUGAGAUGGUCGAUGAAGCUCUUUUAGAUCUGCUGUCCGUCGCUGCAGGCCCGUUCUUAUUCUGCUUUUCCUCCACAGAGUCCUUUGUGGGUCCAGAGUUCGGGUGGAGAUGUCAACAGGCCUCUCCAGAAAGGGUCGUGGGCGCCCGAGCCGACGGCAGUUUGACCCCAAUGAUCGCUGUUAUCAGUGUGGGGAUCGGGGUCACUACGCCUAUGACUGCUACCGUUUCAGCAAGAGAGGAGGGCGCCGCAGCAGCAGGUUAGAGAUGAGUCCAGGUUAGACUUUCACAAUCUGACACCGUCAAAAAGAUAGAGAAGGAGGACAAACGGCUUGUUUCUCUCUGUUCCAGAUCUCGCUCUCGUUCAAGAUCUCGCUCCAGAUCCAGGUCCCGUGGGCGCCGCUAUCGCUCUCGCUCACGCAGCCGUAGCUACAGCCGGUACGUUAUCACCAAAUGUCAGGACAAAUGACAGGAAAUUGGUGUUGUAGGUGUUUUCAGACUCAGUGAAGGACCCUGGGGUUUGUAGUUCAAACAUAAUUCAGCAGCAACAGCAACAGCAACAGCGCGCUUGUGGUGACGAUGAAAAGUGCGACUUAUCAAGGAAUGCUGGGGAACUGUGUUCUCCGUCUGUCCCAGUCAGUGUUGAUGUUAGAAAUCAGCUGACAGAUGAAUUUACUGCCUGUUAAUCAGGUGAUUAGUAAAAACUGCAGCAGCUGUUUAAACGGACUUUCCUGUCAUGUCGUCAUUCGUCUGUUUUGACUGAUUAUUCGUCUUUUCUAGGAGCCGCCGCCGAUCUCCGUCCUACUCCAGGCGCAGGAGCAGGUAAGGAUCCAGCUGACAGAACAGCUUGUUGUCGUUCGUAAUGAUAGAGGUGAGGUCUGUAGAGGAUGUAGGCGUCCCUGUUCAUCCAGAUCUUCAGCAGCAGAUGUUGUGUCCGGGGCCGACAGAGUUCAUGUCUGAGAGAAACAAUAAUUCCAGCCUCACUUGGAUCAUUUACUCCACAGGUAUUUACAGCACACCUGUAUUUAAACCUGUUUCCUCUGACUUUAGGUCUGGCUCCCAAGCUCGUUCAAAGUCCAGGACUCCGGUGAGAAGGUAGGUCGUAAAAUGAUGAUGAUGAUAACUGCAUGUCUCCACAUCUUUAACAUGUUCCAGGUGUCUCAGACUACAACCCUGCUUCCUGUAAACACACUAACCAAUAAAAACACAGACAAACAUGAACUUCCUGGUUUGCUCUCUGUUCAGGUUUCAUUCGUCACAGCAGAGGAAGUCUUUCAUCUCUCUUUCUUAGUCGUGUCACAUCUUAAUCUUACCUUCUUGUUUUGAAGCCGCUCCAGAUCGAGGUCUCGCUCUGGCUCGGCACCCAGACGCUCCUUCUCUCGCUCACGCUCAAGGUCUCCAUCAGCCAACCACAAGAGGAACAGGUAAUCUCUAAAUCCAGAUUAUUCAUUCUCUAGAAAAAGGUGAAGGCUGUCUAAGAAGUUUUUUUGUGCUUAGUUGUGGAAGUUGUCAGUGUUUUGGCUCAGAGUAUGGUAGGACAAAGAUCACAAAUCUUCUAGAUCAACCCUUAGAGUUUAAAGAAACAGCAGCUCAGACCCCCACCAUCUCUCAAUCAUUGAGGGUCAGUUCAGUUUUUCUAGAGCUAGGUGCAGAGAGACCUGUUAUGUAGACCUUCCUUCCACUUGAGAGCGCCAUGCUGCCGCCAAACAGCCCGCCCCCAUGUGCCGCUGAGAUGGACGGACCGAGACUCGUACCUGAGAGAGAGAGAGAGAGAGAUCUUCAUCUUCUGCAGCCUCAGCUGACAUCCUCCAGUGGAAUGGGAGGAGUAGAAAGUCACUUGUUCCCCAUGUCUGAUAUCAGAGAGUCAAAGUAGAGAACAGUUUAGCCUCUUUCUGUGCUCUCUCUCUCUCUCUCUCUCUCUGUCUGUAGGUUUGUAAAAGCUGAUGAUCUGUCAGCAGGAGAGAGACUCAGAUUAACUUUUCAGAGCAGCUUAAACUGACGAGGAUUCAUGUCCUCCUGUGUUUGAAAUGAAACCUUGAAAUAAUUGUUUAGUUCAAUAAAAGUUGUAAAUAUGUUGAAUUCUUAUUUUGGACCCUGAAUUUGCUCAGAGGGAUGAAUACUAUCAGAAAAGAUCAGAGCCACACCGUUGGUGUGAGUUAGGAAAGGCAUUUUUGCAGCACAGUUUUGUUUAUUUUUCAUAUUUUCUUUAAAGCGUGUGGUGGGAGCUGAGCACUGCACUGACACCACAGCUGAUCCCAGGCCCAGGGUCUGCCAGCUGGCGGUGUGUACGUCCUGCGGGAGGGUGACAUAGCGCUGACCUGAGAUCAGCCUUCGCCUGCAUCUGGUGUUAGACAGCGAGAAAGAGGUCGACCUACAGACAGAACCCUCCCCACAGUGAGAGGGUGACCGUCUGUUCAACCGACGCACACGCUCAGAUGAGAUCAGCCCGCGCACACAUAGAGUUGUUCUACUAGAGUCACCCAGACAGCCUUCAGAUCUCCCAGAGGGCUGACCCACACAGAUCAGAGUUCGACCACUACCUUUAAAACCCAAAUUCUACCUACCAGAGUUCUACGGCUUCUGUCUUAGCUUCUGAAAGUGAGAGAAAGAGCUGACCAGAGAUCAGUCUUCAAGAGGCUGUAGUCAUCCAUCCUUCAGUCCUUUCAUCCUUCGCUUCUCUGUACUUGUUGUUUCUGCCACUGUCUGCAAAGGUAACCAAAAUCAACCCCCCUGACAAGCUUAUGUUCAUGGUCACAGACUUUUACAGGUUUGAUGUAGACUGAAAAAACCUGGUCAUUCUAAAGCUAAAGUUGAGUCUUGCAUGCUCAGAGUUGAAAUAUGUGUGUUAAUGUUUGGAUGAGCAGUAGGAGCCAGCAUGAAACCUGACGGCUGAGGUGAGAGGAGGCUUUCUAAGAUUUCUGAGUUUAGUCCAAACAUCAUUACUGUCUCGGUGCUCAUGGCACCACAUCACCAUGAUAAUUCUCACAGAACAGGUCUGAGCUCUUUGGGCCUCGGUCCUGUGUCUGUAGAAGGGCCAGAACCUCUCCUUUGACAUCCAGAAUAUCUGUUUGUUAGAUCAGCUGUUCAGCUUUUUUUUAAACAGCUGAUCUAACUCAGAAAAUCCAAGACUUGUUGAAUAUGUAGCCGGUCAAAGAUACUUUAGUGUUCAUCCAGAUCGUACACAGAUGUUGAGUUUUGUGCUUUUGUUCCUAACCAUCCUCCCCUGUGGCAGACUAACUCAUCUCUGUUUCUGUUUCAGUCGCUCCCGCUCAGCAAGUCCAAACCGAAGCCCAACGCCAGCGGAUGACUGAGUGAAGACUAAAAGUCCCUCUUUGUAGACAGACCCUCACCCUGCUCCAUGUCUGCUUUACAGCCUAACAGCAGCUCUUUUCUACCUGUCUGUCUCGUCCCGGCUUAGUUUCAGUUUCUCCAUGAAAGACGGUGGUCUUUAAAGCCUCACUUUGUUGAAGAUGUAGUCAGUAUGGAAAUGAGUUUGAUUUGAUUGUUUUAAUGUUGCUGUUAAGAUCAUCUUUGGUUUGAAGUCAUGUGUCUAGUGUAUGAAUUACCUUUGUUGGAUCUGAGGGACAGUUUUUAGCAGAGAUUUGGGGAGUUCGAUCCGUAAAUGACUUCCUGUUCAUCGUUUCUGAGAGGAACAGCAGGUUGUUGAAAACUGUUUUUAUUCCUAAAGCUAACACGUCUGAACCACACGUCUGAACCACACGUCUGAACCCGUUCCUCCUCCUCCUCCUCCUCCCCCCUAAAGAAAACAUUAUUCGCUCACUAUCGGACUUUUUGGUUCAUCAUCUAACGGCACCGCUGGCCUGCAUGUCCUUAAAUAUGAAAUACCACAUUAUUCCCACAGUUCCUGUGAACAUGCUGAGCUCUGCUGGUUCACCUGCAUGUUAACUCCUGAUUUUAAAACCUCCGCUUCAGUUUGGUUUAUGUGUGUGUGUGUGUGUGUGUGUGUGUGUGUGUUGGGGGGGGCGGGGGCUGCUUUAACAGUUUGGAUGUGUUCAUCUGCAAAGACAGUGGCAGUUUUAUUUUUGAAUUAAACCUCUUCAUCAUAAAAA